AUGGAUCGUGUAGUGCAUUUGAUAGAUCCUUGUAUCACCUCAGAUAUGUCAGAUCUAUUGUUACGACCUUUCACAAGAGCUGAUUUGGAAGUUGCCCUAUUUUAUAUGCCUCCCACCAAAGCUCCAGGAACCUUUUUUAUCAAUGUUAUUGGAGUAUUGUUGGUGACACUGUCAGUGCUGCUUGCUUGCGCAUAUUUAAUGCGUAUGAAGCAGGGCAAGAGAGUGGCCAUGGCGCUCAAGUUGGAUAUGGCCAAGGCAUAUGAUCAUGUUGAAUGUUCAUUUUUAGAAGCGAUGAUGCUUUGGCUUGUUCUUUGGCAUGGUACUCCUUUUGGUCUCAUUAUUCCCCAUCAAGGUUUGCGACAGGGAUGUCCUCUUUCCCCUUAUUUAUUUUUGACUUGUGCUGAAGGCUUCUCUGGUCUAUUGCGUCAUGCUGAGUUUGAGGGUCUUUUACGAGGGAUAUGUGUGGGCCAUUCUAGUCCAAGGAUCUCACAUCUUUUGUUUACAGAUGACAGUCUUCUCUUUCUUGAAAUGUCAGAAUAUGUGUGUCUUACUUUGAAGGAGAUUUUCUGCAUUUAUGAAGAGGCUUCAGCUGAUGCGCUUGGUAUUCCAGUCGUAGCAUGUAAUGAACGAUAUUUGGGUUUACCAACUAGGCGGGUCUUGGGAGCAGGGAGCAGUUUUUGUUAUGUUCGCGAUUACCAGCAGGCCCAAGCCAGUAUAUAUGCUGGGUUAAGCAGCAUUCCGAUGCUGAAGCAGUUUGCCUCAAAAGGGUGCUUGCCUAAAAUCAGGUUAUGUUGUUUAUCGUGUCCAUGUAAGGCGUGGUGGUCGCAAGAAGCCUGUUCCAAAGGAUAUCGUAUAUGGGAAGCCCACAAACCAAGGUGUGACAAACUAAAAUUUCAACGCAGCUUGAGGUCUGUUGCCGAGGAGCGCGCUGACAGGAAAUUGGAUGGCCUUAGGGUUCUGAAUUCAUACUGGAUCAAUGAGAAUCAACUGGCUCUGCAAUCCUGUUCACAAGCACAAGGAGCUUCAUCGGCUGACUUCGGCUGGGAAGAAGUGCAGGGGAUUGCGUGGAAAGGGUCACCUAUACCACAAGGCAAGACCAUCUCGCAGGUUAACUUGGAAGAGAAACACCACCCUCUCCCUUCGUCGCUAUCGUUUGUGGGAGCGGAUAUUUUCGUCUCUAAUCGCAGCGCGCCACGUGGAAAAGAAGAUUAUCUCUUUUAA